GUGUGGAUCUAGGUGGGAGUGAUUCCUAUCUGAAGAAGGGUGUAGCUCCUUUUUUGCCUGGAUUUAAUCUCUGAAGGAAGGCUAUAAAACUUCCUCUCCCUCUCUAUGGACGUUUGGAAAGCGUUCCCGUCUCUGCUUUGUCAUCAUUUAUUACCAAUCAGAUGAUAAGGGUUAUAUUUCCUGCAUGCUGUGCUGCAGGUGACACCAAGCCCAUGCUGCCACCAACAGAAGUAUCUGGUCAGCCAAGCAUAUUGCAGUGGACUCUCUGCCCACUGUUUGAUACCAGCUUGGUGCUGGUAAGUACGAAGUUAAUAUCAGUGUGUGUAUUGCAUCAGGUAUCUGAGACUGUUCUUCCUGGAGCCGUGCUGUAGCGCAACAGCCAGAAAUAAAAAUGCUGUGAAUUGUGAUAUUUGUCUGAGGAGUACAAGUCAUGAUAGUGAUACAAGUCAUGAUAGUGAUCUGGGAGCACGCUCCACCCAGCGGGUUAGGUGCCUGUCCUGGAAAGGAGGGAGUCUGGGCUUAGAGCCGAGACAUAGAUCCUGUGUCUGACAGUGCAACAGAUGCUGUUACCUGAUCUGAGAGAGGUCACCUGCUCCAUCUCAGCUUUCACAUGUGAGAGUAUUUACAUGACUUGUGGGAGUGGUGGGAAGACUCAUUCACUAAUUUUUAACUCUCUGCACAAUCUAAUGUGCUAAUCACUCAUAAAAUACAGAAUAGUUAAGGAAAAUAUUUCUAAGGAGUGUCGCUUCUUUUAAGUCUACCUUUAUUUAAAAACAUCUGAUAUUGCUUAAAAAACUCUUGUGUUUUAGCUUGCUACAAAACGUAAUGACCCCAAAAUGAAUCAGCAGCAUUGAAAAUAAAUUACCAUGAUUAUAUUCUUCAGGUCAGAUAUUAUUGUCGUGCACUGAAUAGAGCUGCUUAUAUAGAUGGUAGAUUUGUUAGAAUACAUCGCACUGGUGUGGGAUUAUCAACAGUUCCUGCCCCAUGGCAGAUGAGGGGUGGGAACAGGGAUGUGAGUGCUUCAGAAAAUAACCUCUAGCGUGGUCUGUGAGUGACCUGGGUUUGUUUUGGCUUGCUUUUAUGGAUUGGUUGAUGGCUGGGAGUGCCGAUGCAGAAAUGGAGCUUUUUCCCAUCUGUAAAUGGGAUUUUGUGAACAGAUGCAACCAUCAAUUCAAGCUUUUUAUCCUCGCUGUCCGCUUUCCUUGACCUCUCUUGUUGGGAGAGGACUCUUAUAACACUGUGAAGUGAAGAAAAACAAUCCAUUUGUUUUCAUAUGGCUGUUGCUGUCACUCGUACUCCUUGGCUCACUCUUAGUAUCAGUGAGUCUGAAUGGCUGAUAACUAAUCUCAAGUGUAUUAAUUAACAGGUAGUCUGUCACUGGGCAAUUACUUUAAAGGAUCAGGUAAAGCAAGUCCAUGCAGCAUUCAUGUCUGAAAGAUUGUAUGGAAUACUUCUGUUCUAGUUAAUUUUGUCAUUUGUUGCCUUAUUUUCCAUUGUCUUAUUCAUAAGAUUUCAGUGUAUUUCCACUUGCAAAGUCACAUUAGUAGAAUGCCUUUUGGUUAGCUCCUGCUGCUUAGGGUAGGCUCUUUCAUAAGGAACAGGUGUUUGAUGGGUUUCCCACCAAGGAAAACACCCUAAAGACAUGUGGGUGAGAAUUCCCUUACCAACAGGAAAAGCUGACUGUAUUUCUGGGGAGCUUUCUAGCCAAAGGUUCAUGGGGAAAAAGGCAGUUAAUUUCUCUGUGUGGAGUGGGAGUGGGUGGUAGAAAAAUAUGAUAAUACUAGAUUUACUAUACCAUUGUUAGAACUAGACCUUUUAAAGGGAGGGGUUUUUGACAAGGCACACUUAGGAUUAAUUUUUUAAUGCAUUCUUACUCUGAUAAUGUUUGAACAGUGCAUGUGUUCAUAUUUGAAGCAAACAGCUUGCAUCUAAUGCGUGCCAGCGCUUUAUGCAGGAAGACAAGAAGUGGUAGCCAGCAGCCAGCAAGCCCUUUGGAGGACCUCUGAGCCUGCUGACAGGCACACUUACUCUGCAUGUAAUUUGAAGAAAGGCAUUGUGCCCCCAGUGGCUUGGCUUCGAGUGAAAGAUGGAGUUUUGCGCUCUCGUUUUGCACUGAGGAUGAGCUCACGGAUAAAUAGGUCACUGUCCACGGAACUAUUUUGCUCUAAAUCAAUUAGAAGCAACAUGACCUUAAGCCUGAUCUCCUUGCUCUACAAAGAUAUUGCUGAAUUGUGGCUGCUUCUGAAGAAAUGCACAGAUGAAAUCAUGCAUCAGGAUAUCAUUCCCCUCUAUGCUGCAGAUAUUCAGGACCAAUUAAAGAAACAAUUUGCUUAUCUGUCAGGUGGAAGAGGGGGAGAUGGCUGCCCUGUUAUCACCUUUCCAGACUAUCCAGCUUUCAGUGAGAUUCCUGAAAAAGAGUUUCAGAAUGUCCUGACCUACCUGACAAGCAUUCCAAGUUUGCGAGAUGCUGGAAUUGGAUUUAUUCUUGUCAUAGAUCGGAGACAGGACAAAUGGACCUCCGUGAAAGCUUCCAUACUGCGGAUAGCAGCAUCUUUCCCAGGAAACCUGCAAUUAGUCCUCGUUCUGCGCCCAACAGGAUUUUUUCAUCGAGCUCUCUCGGACAUUGCUUUCAGAUUCAACAAAGAUGAGCUUAAAAUGAAAGUACCUAUCAUAAUGCUGGGCUCAGUGUCAGAACUGCAGGGUUACAUUGAUAAGACACAAUUAACAGAAGAUCUUGGUGGCACCCUGGAUUACUGCCACAACAGAUGGCUGUCCCGUCGCACUGCUAUAGAAGGUUUCGCCCAAAAGGUUAAGCAAACAGCUCAGAUUCUUCAGUCCUUUGGGACUGAGCUGGCUGAAACAGAACUUCCAAAUGAUGUGCAAUCAACCAGCUCCCUUCUUGCAACACACACGGAAAAGAAGGACAAAAUGAAGGAGGAUAUCAGGGUAGCAGUAGAACAGGGAGAUGAUAUCCUUGGAAGUAUUACAAAACCAGUUACUGAGAAUCCUGAUUACAAACUGAACCAAGAUCAGCUAGACAAUCAAACAACGGUAGAAAGGCUACUGGCUCAAUUACAUGAAACAGAGACUGCCUUUGAUGAGUUUUGGAUGAAGCAUCAGCAAAAACUAGAGCAGUGUCUGCGCCUUCGGAAUUUUGAACAGAAUUUCAGAGAGGUCAAAGCAGCUUUGGAUAUUGUGUCUGAGAGACUGUCUGCUUUCACAGAUGUGGGAAACAGCCGUUCACAUGUGGAGCAUAUUUUGAAAGAUCUUGCCAACUUUAAAGAAAGAUCAGAUGAAACUGUAACAAAAGCCAAAAUGUUAGCCUCAGAGCGUGAUGCUUUUAUUCAAAGCAAUCAUUAUGCUGUGGACUCCAUUAUUCCAAAAUGCAGUGAACUUCUUCAUCUCUGCGAUGCCUUCACUACUGAGACAGAACGGAGGAGAAAACUUCUUAACAAAUCCCUGGAACUGCAUGACUUACUAGAGAAGUCUAUGAAGUGGUGUGAUGAAGGAAUUUACCUGCUGGCUUCCCAGCCAGUAGAUAAGUGUCAGUCUCAGGAUGGUGCAGAAUCAGCGUUACAGGAGAUUGAGAAAUUCCUGGAUACAGGUGCUGGCAAUAAAAUCAAGGAGUUGAAUAAAAUUUACGAAGAGUAUGCACACAUCCUCAAUGAAGACCUAAAGGACCAUGUGCAAAAGGUUUUCCAGAAGCAAGAAAGUAUGGAAGAAAUGUUUCAAAAGCGGCAAGUAAGUCUUAAGAAGCUGGCAGCUAAGCAGACACGUCCUGUUCAGCCAGUAGCUCCAAGACCUGAAGCAUUUGUAAAAUCUCCUUGUACUUCUCCAGGUCUCCAAAGAGAAAACGUGUCCAACUCAGACAGCAGCGCACUUCGGAGGGUAAACUACAGAAAAGGAAAGAGUGAAAUGACUGAACUCCAUCAAAGCAGAGGAGGAUCUACAAUGGAUGAUGAAGAAAACCUAGCUGUGUUACGACAGCAUGUAAUGAAUGAACUUAUCGAGACUGAAAGAGCAUAUGUGGAAGAACUUCUCUGUGUUCUUGAGGGUUAUGCUGCAGAGAUGGACAACCCCUUAAUGGCUCAUCUCAUUCCACCAGAACUGCAAAAUAAGAAAGAUAUCUUGUUUGGGAAUAUGGAAGAAAUUUAUCACUUUCACAACAGGAUAUUCCUGAGAGAACUAGAAACCUAUGUGGAAUACCCAGAACUAGUAGGAAGGUGCUUUCUGGACCAGAUGGAAGACUUCCAGAUCUAUGAAAAAUACUGUCAAAACAAACCUCGAUCUGAAAGUUUGUGGAGGCAGUUUUCAGACUCUGUAUUUUUCCAGGAAUGUCAAAGGAAACUCGACCACAAGCUCAGUUUGGACUCAUACUUGCUGAAACCUGUUCAAAGAAUAACCAAAUACCAAUUGUUGCUAAAGGAAAUGCUGAAGUACAGCAAGAACUGUGAAGGUGCUGAAGAUCUUCAGGAAGCACUAACAUCUAUCCUGGGCAUUCUUAAAGCAGUUAAUGAUUCUAUGCACCAGAUAGCCAUUACAGGCUAUGAUGGAAACCUGAAUGAACUGGGCAAGCUUUUAAUGCAGGGAUCCUUCAAUGUCUGGACUGAUCAUAAAAAGGGUCACACAAAGGUGAAAGAUUUGGCACGCUUCAAGCCAAUGCAGCGACACCUCUUCCUCCAUGAGAAAGCAGUGCUGUUCUGUAAAAAGCGAGAAGAAAAUGGAGAGGGAUAUGAGAAAGCACCUUCUUAUAGCUACAAACACUCCUUAAAUAUGGCUGCAGUUGGAAUAACAGAAAAUGUCAAAGGUGAUGCAAAAAAAUUUGAAAUCUGGUAUAAUGCGAGGGAAGAAGUUUACAUUGUACAGGCACCAACCCCUGAAGUUAAAGCUACUUGGGUAAAUGAAAUAAGAAAAGUGCUAACAAGUCAACUGCAGGCAUGCAGAGAAGCUAGUCAGCACAGGACACUAGAACAAACACAGAGCUUACCUCUACCACUACCAGCAUCAUCUUGUGCAAGCCCUUCACGAAACCACAUCAGAAACAUCAAAAAAAUGGAGGAGAAAAAAGCUGAUCUCACAAGUCUAGAAGGUUGUGGCACUACAGUAGCACCAAAGUACCCUGAGAAAGGCAAAGACAACACUAGCUCUACCUCAGAAUGCUCUGUACUGUCAAAAAAGCGCUUUACACUGCAGGGCUUUACUAACCUCAAAAGUCAGAAAGAAACUCCAUCUCCUUCUGCUAAAAGCCAGACAUUGCCAAUGAUCCUUCUUACAGGACCAGCUUCUCCUACCAGUCCUGACAAAAAAGCCAAACGGCACGAAGUAGUGAGUGACCCAACUCCUUUUGGUUUAAGAGGCUGGGCCAAACCAUCCCAUUCUCUUGAUGCAUCUGAAGAAAACGACGGCUGGUCUAGUGCUGAAGAGCCGCUGAAUUCAUCAGAUGCGGAGGAAGAAGGAGGAGGAGGGGCAGGAGAGAUCAAGCUGACUCCUGGUAAAUAUACAGUUGUGACUGAUUAUGACAAAGGAGUUUCUGAAGAAUUUACAGUGAAAAGUGGAGAUCUAGUUCAACUGAUUCGUGAAGGGGAGGAUGGACUUUGGUUUGUAAAGAACCUGAGCAGCGGUAGAGAAGGUUGGAUUCCAGCAGGCAAUCUGCUGAUGCUCAUAGGCAACUCAAAAUCAGCUCAAUCUUUAAGCAGCUCUGAAUCAGGCACUGCCUCCAGCAAUUUGAGCACAUCAUCAAGUUGCAGUGAUAGCUGCAAUGUCAGUAGCACCAGCUUCUCUGACAUUAAGGGCUAAUAUGACAUGUUCAUCUCACUUCCCUGGAAGGUAAAUCUGGAGAUUGUCAUUUGCUGCAGAGUUCUGGACAUUGGACUUCAUUGGAGAACCACCAAUACUGUGUUGCCAGCUCUGAGUAUUUUUAGUGGUGACUUUUACAGGUUCUCCCAGAAGAUCCCAAUGAAAAGUGCAUGGAAUGUGAAGUUGUAAAUAAAAGUUAAAUGAUUUGAAAUAGGAUCUUGUAGAGGUUUCUGCUCUGAAGAGCUGUUAGCAUCAAGCACGUUUUCUCCUUGACACACGAUCAGGUUUCUGCAGAACUGUAUUUUUUUGGAACAGCCAGAAUCUGAAUGUGAGCAAACAAAAUGUGUUCAAUGCUAAAUGCUCAUUGUAAACAAAUAACAUAGCAAUCACUUUACAGGAUAGGUAUGAGGAAAAUAAAUCCAAGUUUACAACUUCUUCACCCCAAGAAACCCUUUCUCCAAGGACAUACCUCGGUCAAUGCAGUGAAUGGGAAUCCUACGGCAACGAGGAAGGAGGUUUGGUCCACCCUUUCCUCUUGGAUUUUCAGGAUAGUCUUCUGCUCCCUAGAGGCUGGGUUGCAGACAGGACCAAUUCACUGGCCACAACAACAUCAAGAGAAACUACUACUUUUUCCCUUCCAACAUUUUAGUGACGUGCAAUAGAAUAGCCCUUUUUUUGUUUGGCCUCACAACCAAAUUCUUUACCAAGAUCACUGUUUACAUAGCCUUGGCAAUUUAUUAGUAUAUUUUUCCUAAUGCAGGUGCACAAUGAAACACAAAUGCUCUUAUUCACUAAUUGAUUUUUUUAAUAAACAGUAAUUGCAUGGUUACUUUCAGCUCUCACAACAUGCAGUUACAGGCUGAGGAAGCUAUUGUAACUGCACUAUGGGUCAAGAGCCUUCCUUCAAACAAACCUAGGAGGGCUGGAAAUCCAACAUAUUUUUAGUCCACAGUGUUUGUUCCAGAUUAAUUGAAAGAUAAAAAAAAACCCAAUUACAUAACUUUUCUAUAAAAGUGGAGCACAGGAGAAAAAAAAAAGUCAGAUUUGUGCUACAGAUGAUUAUUUUAAUUUUUUAAAGGAUGGGUAAUGCUAAAUUUGCCAUUUUUCAGGGUAUGAUGCAAGCAAAUGUUGUACAUUUUCACUUUGUCAGACAUUUUUUGCACACCAUCCUUAUAAAACAAACUGCAUAUAUAGAAUACUGUAUUAAUUUCUGUCCAUGUCUCAAAUAUUUUUGCUUUUAUGAAAACAGGUUUUUAACUAAUUCAUGCACCAUGUUGUUUAAAAAUAAGGGGGACAUGAAGAGCCUAACUCUUCAGAAGCACUAAGCACAGCCGAUUAUGCCAAUGGGAACUGCUGUUAAUCAUCAGACUCACUGAUGGCUGAGCCCUGAAUUCUAUCUUUUUUGCCAGAAUUUUAUGUUUUAGAGGCUUCAGAUUAGAAAACUUAAAUGACAAACACUCCUAAAAAUGAUGCAGAAGCAACCCUACCCCAGACGCAAUCAAAAUGCAGCUGACCACGGUCAGCACAAAUUGAAGCAUGUAUAUACACACACAUAAAUGCAUGCACACACAUAUGUGCAUGUGCGUGCUUGUGUGUAUAUAUCUGCGUGUGUAGAUAUGUAUAUGUGUGUAGAUAUGAUAUAUCAAUGUAAAAGAUGUAUUUAUAGUCUUCAUGCUGCUGAAUGUGUCACUUUACAAUUCAUAAAUACUUAGUUUUCUUGCAGUACUGCAAUAUAAAUGCUGAUCAGGGUUUUACUUCAGGCAUCUUUUUCAACACGGAAAUCCUCUGAUCUUUUUUUAUUAUUAUUCCAUAUAAUAUUGUGCUGACCAGGAAUAUUUAGUCUGAUAUUUAACAAUGGAAUAGCAACAUGAGAUUCAGCUUAUCUUCAUCUAUGUAAGUUAUUUUGUAAAUUAUCUGUAACAUAAUUUACUUAUAUAUUGCUGUCAUUGCUUGGAUGAGACUGUUGUUUCAUUUCUCACUGCAGCCUCAUUUGUGUUAUUUCAAUGGUUUUUCCACAUCAUUGCACUUUAAUACAACCCAUUUCACCAUUUCCUUUUUUACUGCUAUUGUGAAUUAGAAGUUCAAAGUCAGAGGUCUCUACUGUAAUUAAUUUGAAUAAAUUUCAGCGCUUCUUGCUGAAUGCCUUCA